CCUGGUGCAGGUGGAGGCCCUGCGGCACCUGGCGCGGAGCGUGUGCGCUUUCCUGGAGCAGUACAGUGGCAAGGUGCCGAUGCUGGAGUGGGAGUCGGAGCUCAAGUCCUCAGCGGUCAGCUACACAGGCGAAGAGGUGUACGCCGCGGAGAAGCUCGACAGAGAGCGCCUGAUGCUGGCCUUGCCGCCGAAGCACGCGCGCGGGCCGGUGCUGGCCACGGAGGUGAGCGACGGUUGGAUUCGAGGUGCGCUGGGGAAGCCCAAGUGGAUCUUCAAGAACCCUGAAGACCUGGGCGAGAUGCCGAAUACCCCCCGCGUCUGGGCGGAGGACGCCGAGUGGGAGCUCAUCGCCGCCGAGCUGGUGGACCGCGGGAUCCUGGUGCCUAUCGAGGAGGAGUGUAUUGUGCAGGUGAGAGGGCGGCGUGCGAUGGGCGGCCUCUUUGGGGUCCGCAACUCAGGGCUCGGCAAGGGCCAGGGUCCGCAGCGCCUCGUGAUGAACAUCAUCCCUAGCAACUGGCUGCAGGUGCCCCUGACCUCGUCGGAGGACUGCUUCUACGUGUGCCGCCUGCCCGUGGUCUGGUACAGGUACAUGGCCUUGUCCAAGCCCGUCAGGCGUGCUGCGUUGAGCUUGGCUGGGAGUGGCAGCGUGUUCGCGGCGGCGGCGGCGAUCCCCGUGGGCUGGAUCUCGGCGACGGGGAUCACCCAGCACAUCCACAGGAGGCUGUUGCGCGAGUGGGUCCUAGGGCAGGUUGGCCGCGGCUGCGACGACGAGUGCGUGCCCGUGCACAUCGGGCGCGCAGGGCAGAGGCACGGCCACUCCCCCUCCAAGUGUGCGAACCUCUUCAGGGUCUCACGAGGCUUGUCCAGGACAUCGGCCGUCCUACAGUUUGAAACUCACUUGAGGGAAGCUCCGCGCUUGCUCGAGGAUGUUGGUGAGCUGUCGGGCUGCCGUUUCAUCUGUCACUGCAGGCCAGAUCAGGGAUGCCACGGUGAUGUGCUGAUCAAGGUGUACUUCGACAACCUCGACCUCCUGGAGAUCGCGGAUGAGGAUCAGUUUGUGAGCCGCUCGCUGAAGGGCCAGGCCUUGGGCGAGCUCGUGGACGGCGAGCUAGGCAUGAGCAGCCCCCCCCCCCCCCCCAGAUACUUCAUUUACCAGCUGCUGAGCCUGAGCCUCUUUUCGCUGGACCGCGAGAAGGUGGCGCAGAGGUGGUUGCAGGUGCUUGCAGGCCGCUGGGUGCGAGCUAUGAUGUUCCGCGUGGACACGACGUCGGCCUUCGACCAUCUAUGGCGAGCCGUGGUGCGCUGGAAAGGCGAGCGCCGCCUGCCAAGCCCCGUCUUCAGGGAGAUCCUGAUCGCGCUGGGGCUCUUGCCACUCAUGAGGUGCGACCUGCGGUCCCCUGACAGCGGCGUGGUGACGGUGCCGGAUGCAAGUGAGCAGAAGGGUACCGUGUGCCGAGCCGUGCGGUUCCUCCCCCACGGGGCCGCGGCCGCGCGAGCGGCUCGGGCUAAGCGCGGAGGCCGACUGCAGGAUGAGGGCGUGCUGUUUUCUUUGUUCGACGGCAUUGGUGGCAUCAGGCGAUCUCUCGACAUGCGAACUGAUCGUCUCAGCGUGGACAGGUGCGAGCUGAACGGCGAGCGGUCGGGCUUCUUCUUCGAGAUCUUGCGGGCGCAGGCCUUGAUGCGUCGCGCGCCCCCCGUCGAGGUGCAGCUGUUCAACUUGGUCGAGAACGUAUCUUCCAUGAAGGCCCUGGAUAGACAGGCCAUGUCGCAGGCGCUGGGACUGCAGCCCGCGGUGAUCGAGGCAGCCGGCAUCUCGCAUUCUCGGCGAGACAGGCUGUAUUUGUGCGAUUGGGACCUGGUCAGGAGGGUGGUGAUCCCAGGUGGUUCGGGCGAUCUCAAACGGUGGCUUCGUGCGGGCCGUCACUGGUGUGGCGCAGAGUGCGAGGAGCAGUGGCGGUCGACCUUCGCCCGUUGCAUCCCGAGGGCGUGCGCAGGCUCUAAGCCCAAGGGUUUGCACCAACGUUCGGAGGAGGAGUUGGCGCGCUGGCGCACCCACGAGUACUGCUAUGCCCCGUACCAGUUCCGAGAUGUUCACUGCUUGCGCUGGGCUGGCGGUGAUUUGGAGCCUGCGGAUUCCUUUGAGUGGGCGGUGCUGAUGGACUCCCCCCCUGGUCACACGGCAACAGCCAUGGCGACCCGUUUCCGCAAGACCCGCGAGCUUGAGGUGGUCCGUUGCGCCUUGCUGGGCAACCCCUUCCAGUGCGCCGUGGUGGCCUGGAUCUUGGGGCACUGGGCGCACUGCCAGAAGUACCUCGACGGCGCCCCGAGCGUGGAGCUUUUGCGGCAGCAGGGCGGCGGCGUCGACGCGUCCGAGGGCGUGGUAAGGAUGGCGGCCGACGGGGGCGAGGCUGUGCUGGUUCGCUGCGAGGAUCUGUGCGGCCGCGAAUCCCAGCAGGACAUGAGCGUGCAGAUGGCCGAGGAGAUGGUGAGGCGCGCUCGAGGCUUGGGUGUUCGAUUGGAUUCACUGGAAGUGAUGCGCCCUGGUCUGUGGCCUCGGAGGCCCAUCAGUGUGGCGCGCUGGACAUGGAAGACGGGCCUGGUCUGGCGCUGGAGCUGGAAGAGCCACAUCACAGCGCUGGAGGUCCUCAGUACGAUGGCUGCUCUACGUUGGAGAUUCCGUGCAUGCCAUCAUCUGUACACGAGGCUUGCUCAUCUCAUGGACUCACAGAGGGCAUCGACCUUGGUCCUGGCGGCCUCAGCGCGACCGAUCUACGGGUACACCGAGACAGGGACGGUGUUGGUUUUCACCUCGUGGGUGAAAGCUCACGGUGUAGCAGUGGAGACUGAU